AUGUCUGGCUUCGACGCGAAUAACGUCUAUACAGUCUCGGUACAUGACUUACCAGCGGCAUCCUCCCCCGAUUCACCCGCUGAAACCGAGAAACUACUCCUUGAGUUCCUUGUUCAAUACCGUGUCGGAGGGGAGUUCAUUUAUCGCGAUAAGCUAAGGGCGAACUUGCUCCUCAAGCAAUAUGUCCUUGAAGUGGAUCUACGACACAUCAGCUUGUUCAAUGAUGAGCUUGCCCACGCCAUACAAGACCGUCCAGCGGAUAUACUGCCACUGUUCGAAAAUGCUGCUGCCAGAGCGGCGCGUACAAUACUCUUUCCUUUGGCUGGUACAUCGGAGGAGCGAACGGAGAGAGCGGCUGAAACAAUACCAAAGGUCCAGAUAACAUUGCGUUCUGGGCUGAACUUGCUGCCAUUCCGCGAUCUUACCGCCAAUCUCAUGAACAAACUCGUACGUGUCCCAGGCAUCGUCAUCUCCGCUUCGGUAUUAUCGUCACGCGCUACCAAGCUGCACCUUCAAUGUCGAGCAUGUCAUUCAGUGCGAAUGAUAUACCCCUCGGGCGGCAUGGGUGGUGUGGGCUCGGGCUCCGAUAGAGGACUCCCCAGAAUCUGCGACGCGCCAGAAGUUGACGGGCAGAAGAAAGACUGCCCACUUGAUCCAUACCUCAUUAUCCACUCCAAAUCAACAUUCGCCGACCAGCAAACACUCAAACUCCAGGAGGCCCCAGAUAUGGUCCCUGUUGGAGAGCUUCCUCGUCAUCUACUGCUAUCUGCCGAUCGUUAUUUGACAGGAAAAGUUGUUCCCGGGUCGCGUGUGAUCGCCACUGGAAUCUACUCCACCUUUCAAUCAGCUAAAACUAAAGGCUCUGGCCCCGCGGCGACGCGGCAACCUUAUAUUCGAGUAGUCCAUUUGGAGCUUUCAUCACAGGCCGCGGGAGGGGGAUCAAAUCCAUUCGGCGUUCAGUUCACAGCGGAAGAGGAAGAGGAAUUCGGCGAGAUGGCUCGAAGCGAAGGCUUUUACGAGAGAUUCGCUAAGAGCGUCGCCCCCAGUAUAUUUGGUAGCCUCGACAUUAAGAAGGCCAUUGCGUGUCUUCUGUUCGGCGGCUCGCGAAAGGUGCUUCCGGACGGCAUGAGACUUCGGGGGGACAUCAAUGUCUUGCUUUUGGGUGAUCCGGGUACUGCCAAGAGUCAGCUUCUCAAGUUCGUAGAGAAGGUCGCGCCAAUCGCUGUGUAUACGUCGGGUAAGGGAUCUAGCGCUGCAGGUCUUACCGCCUCCGUCCAACGGGACUCGAUAUCAAGGGAGUUCUAUUUGGAAGGUGGCGCAAUGGUGUUAGCAGACACAGGUGUUGUUUGCAUCGAUGAGUUCGACAAGAUGCGGGACGAAGAUCGCGUUGCUAUCCACGAAGCUAUGGAACAGCAAACGAUAUCCAUCGCGAAGGCAGGAAUCACCACCGUUCUCAACUCCCGGACGAGCGUUCUCGCCGCAGCCAAUCCCGUCUUUGGUCGAUAUGAUGAGGGCCGUAGUCCAGGCGAGAACAUCGACUUCCAAACGACUAUUCUCUCGCGUUUCGAUAUGAUCUUCAUCGUGAAGGAUGAACACAACGAGCAACGCGAUAGAAUGAUCGCGAAGCACGUUAUGAACAUCCACAUGAACCGGCAGAAUGCUGAAGAUGGGCAAGCGGAAGGAGAAAUUGAUUUGGACAAGAUGAAGCGGUACAUCGCGUAUUGCAAAGGCAAAUGCGCGCCUCGUCUAUCCCCCGAUGCCCAGGAAAUGCUGAGCAGUCAUUUCGUCAAUCUGCGACAAGAAGUGCAGAAAGUUGAACGGGAUAAUGACGAACGGAGUUCCAUUCCGAUUACCGUUCGUCAACUGGAAGCGAUCAUCCGGAUAUCCGAGUCUCUCGCAAAGAUGACGCUGUCCCCCGUUGUUCAAAAUCAUCACGUCGAGGAGGCGAUACGGCUGUUCAAGUUCUCUACCAUGGAUGCAGUUUCUGCUGGGGCUGCGGAUGGGUUGUCGCGCGGGGAGGUAAAUGAGGAGAUGACAAGGAUUGAGCGGGAGCUGAGGAGGAGGCUGCCGGUUGGAUGGAGCACGAGCUAUCAGAGUUUGGUUAAGGAGUUUGUGACCCAGCAGGGGUACUCGAGCCAUGCCUUGGAGAGAACGUUGUUCGUAUUGGAGAAGAGGGAAGUUAUACGGUUCUCCGGACAGAAAAAAGUGGUACACAGAGUCGGUGUCUAG